AUGAGUCCGGCUCUCCCCCCCGACUCCGACUACGCGACCAUCGCCCAGCUGGUGGAACCUCCCCAUGUCCCCCCGCACCGCUCUCAUGACCCCGCCAACAACCAGAAGCGCAGCGACCCAUUCCAAUUUGGAUCCCGCUACCUAGAGGAAGGUGACGACGUCUUCGAAUUCAAUGCUUGGGACCACGUCGAGACCGACCCGGAGUACAAUGCCUACGCCGAGAUCCAGUACGCCAAACAGCGCGAGAACCCCGUGUCUGAAUUUGACCGCCACCGUUUCAACUCCAACCCCGCCCGCUGGUGGGAUCUUUUCUACAAGAACAAUGCCGCCAACUUCUUCAAGAACCGGAAAUGGCUGCGCCAGGAGUUUCCAGUGCUUGCUGAAGUCACGCGGAAAGGUGCCGGUCGAAAGGUGGUGCUGGAGGUGGGAGCGGGCGCAGGGAACACGGCAUUCCCGCUGAUCAUGAACAACGAGAAUGACGAACUGAUGGUGCAUGCAUGCGACUUCUCCAAAACAGCAGUCAAGGUCAUGCGCGAGAGUGAGCACUACAAUGAGAAGCACAUCAAGGCCGAUGUGUGGGAUGUCACCCAAGAGGGCGACGACUCUCUCCCUCCCGGAUUGGGCGAAGAGUCGGUGGAUGUCGUUGUGCUCAUCUUCGUCUUCUCUGCUCUAGCACCGGAUCAGUGGAAUAGCGCGCUGCGUAACAUCUAUCGGGUUCUCAAGCCGGGAGGCGAUAUUCUGUUCCGAGAUUACGGUCGAGGCGACCUGGCGCAAGUGCGCUUCAAGAAGGGACGCUAUCUCUCAGAGAACUUCUACGUUCGGGGGGACGGGACCAGAGUAUACUUCUUCGAGAAAGACGAGCUGGAAAGCAUAUUUGGACGGUGGACUCCCGAGAAGGGCCUGCAGCUAGACGAAACGGCGCAGCAGACGGAAGGAGAGAAGGAACAUUCGACAGAAGAGAGCAAGGGAGUCUUUGAGGUUCUCAAUCUAGGUGUCGAUCGGAGACUGCUUGUCAACCCCAACAUUGAGCGCACGCCGUCAUUGUCUGCCGUGAAACUGGCAGAUCCUCAUCUACGGGACUUCAUGCCCCUACCCAGAUAUGGUCUGUCUCCAGGACAAGGCAUGGCUUUCCCAGCCCUUGCCUGUUUCCUUCGUUUAGAUAAUUGGGGAAACCAAUUAUGCCAAGGCAUCGUCGAUCACAUCUGGAUGUUCGCUGCAACGGCUUCCGUGCAUGUAAGACAAUAUCUGUCUGCUUUGACAACCUCUCAAAAUGAGAGAAAGUUACGACGACUGGUCGAAACGCUCGGGUUCCGUAUUCUAAACCUGACACUUCCAUUGCCCCGGGCGGGCUCUGAAGGACUAGAUAAGAGAAACGCCACAUUUAUCUUUGAUCCAUCCUCUCCUUAUUUCCAAUCAAUGUCCAUUUUGGGGGUUGAGUGCAUACAUGGAGAAAUUGACAUGGAUUAG